GUUCCCCGCUCUCUGGAGGCAAAAUCCAUGGUUCAGUUCAUCUCACAACUCUAUUCUUUAGCCUCACCCUAGCCAGUCCUCUGACCCCCGUAGCCACAUUUCCCACUGUUCAACCUGGGCCCCAUACAGUCGUCCCCCUCCGCGUACACUGUCGGUCGCUCCACUCUAGCAUUGACCGAGGAUCCAAGAGUUAUAGAUUGCUAUCGAAGACGCUUGGAGCUUGCCAAACGACAGGGCGAUGAGAGUGUUAUUCGGCAGAUGGAGGAAAACAUCAGGCAUGCCGAACUUCCUCACGUAGUGGAAUACAAUUAUCUUGGGAUGCCCUACACUCCUGGUACUCACGGCCCCGAUCGAAGAAUUCGUUUGGACUUAGAUGGAUUCGACUUGGACUUUGUCUAUUGGGAUACACGGUUGAUUGGAGAGAAGGUUAUUUUGGGAUGCACCGUCAUGCCGCACGAUCUCGCAUCCACUACCCUCUACGACUGGCGGGAGCAUAAUGUAAAAGUCUUCAUGAUCGACCGCUUGGAUCGCGAAAUCGAGGUUACGAAUGAUUUCCUGAUGACUGGCGUCGCUGGGCAGAAGAUAAUCAUCAAAGUCCCAACGGGCCAUUCAAGUUUACCUUGCACAUCUCAACUUGUCAUGUUUCAGCCUGAAGAGGACCCUUUGCCUGUGCCUAUCCUUGCCCUUUAUUAAUUGUAUCCAUUGUUGGAACCUGAUCUCUUUGCUCAUAUGCUGCCUUGGAGUUAGGUAACAGAAUGGAAACAACAAGCAAGUGACAUGUUAUAACGUGUCUUGACGCGUAUGGGUAAUCAGGGAUGCGUUUUAGUGUGUUAGAGCAGCGAACUAGGGGCAGCCAUAUCGUUUGUGAUACGGAAACUGGGAACGAGCACACACGGGAGGUUCAUUCGCGGGUUACCAAGGUGAACAAACUCGAGAUUUGAAAUCUGAGUCAUCCUCUG